GUUUGAAAGUUGAGAGCAGCAUGUUUUGCCUGCUGAAACUCAUCCUGCUGCCAGUGUUACUGGAUUCUUCUUUGGGCCUGAAUGACUUGAAUGUUUCCCCCACUGAGCUAACAGUCCAUGUGGGUGAUUCAGCUCUGAUGGGAUGUGUUUUCCAGAGCACAGAAGACAAAUGCAUAUUCAAGAUAGACUGGAUUCUCUCAUCAGGAGAGCAUGCCAAGGAUGAAUAUGUGCUAUACUAUUACUCCAAUCUCAGUGUGCCUAUAGGGCGCUUCCAGAACCGCGUACAGUUGAUGGGGGACAUCUUAUACAAUGAUGGCUCUCUCCUGCUCCAAGAUGUGCAAGAGGCUGACCAGGGAACCUAUACCUGUGAAAUCCGCCUCAAAGGGGAAAGCCAGGUGUUCAAGAAGGCGGUGGUACUGCAUGUGCUACCAGAGGAGCCUAAAGAGCUCAUGGUCCACGUGGGUGAAAUGAUUCGGAUGGGAUGUGUUUUCCAGAGCACAGAAGUGAAACACGUGACCAAGGUAGAAUGGAUAUUUUCAGGACGGCGCGCAAAGGAGGAGCUUGUGUUUCGUUACUACCACAAACUCAAGAUGUCCGUGGGGCACUCCCGGAGCUGGGGCCACUUCCAGAAUCGUGUGAACCUGGUGGGGGACAUUUUCCGCAAUGACGGUUCCAUCAUGCUUCAAGGAGUGAGGGAGUCAGACGGAGGAAACUACACCUGCAGUAUCCACCUAGGGAACCUGGUGUUCAAGAAAACUAUUGUGCUGCAUGUCAGCCCAGAAGAGCCUCGAGCACUGGUGACCCCGGCAGCCCUGAGGCCUCUGGUCCUGGGUGGUAAUCAGCUGGUGAUCAUCGUGGGAACUGUCUGCGCCACAAUCUUGCUGCUCCCUGUUCUGAUAUUGAUCGUGAAGAGAACCUGUGGGAAUAAGAGUUUAGUGAAUUCUACAGUCUUGGUGAAGAACACGAAGAAGACUAAUCCAGGGAUAAAAGAAGAACCCUGCUAUUUUGAAAGCUGUGAAGGGGAGAAAAACAUUUACUCCUCAAUAAUUAUACGGGAGGUGAUCGAGGAAGAAGAACCAAGUGAAAAAUCAGAGGCCACCUACAUGACCAUGCACCCAGUUUGGCCUUCUCUGAGGUCAGAUCGGAAAAACUCACGAAAAAAGUCAGGUGGGGGAAUGUCAAAAACACAACAAGCCUUUUGAGAAGAAUGGAGAGUCCGUUCAUCUCAGCAGCAGUGGAGACUCCCCUGUGUGUCCUGGGCCACUCUACCUGUGAUUUCAGACUCCCGCCCUCCCAGCUGUCCUCCUGUUUCGUUGUUUGGUCAAUGCACUGAAGGUGGAGAGUUUGGAGCCUGGCAGAGAGACUGGACAGCUCUGGAGGAACAGGCUCUGGUGAGGGGAGGGGAGCAUGGACUUGGCCUCCAGAGUGGGACACUGGCCCUAGGAACCAGGCUGAGCUGAGUGGCCUCAAGCCUCCCACUGGAUCAGACCCUCCUGUGGGCAGUGUUCUUAGUGGAUGAGUUACUGGGAAGAAUCAGAGAUAAAAACCAACCUAAAUCAUU